AUGGAAGGCGAAUCAAUAUAUAACCUUAUUCCUAAAGAAUAUGUUCCCCCACCUAAAGAAAAAAGGUAUAGAUCAUAAUAUCCUCCUCAUUUAGCUCCUACAGGAUCUACAUUAAUAAAUCAUACUACAUCAAGGCCUGGAGUUGCUAAUUUAAUUGGUGAUUACAGCUUAGUUAAAGGACCUCAUUCUCAUAAAGAUUUUUCUAAAACUUUAGGAAAACUACCAGGAUCAAUAUAACCUUAUACUAGUGAAUAUAGAAAAAAAAAUACUGGUACAAUGGGUUCUAAUAAAUUACCUGAUAUUUAAAAAUUCAAAUAUCCUGACGAAGAUAAAAGAAGACCAAAUGUACCUUUAAGGGUUGAAAAACCUUUAAUGGGAUAAGUUUCUCAUAAAAAUUAUAUUGUUAGCAACGCAGUUGAGAAUAUUCUUAGUGCUCCUAAAAUGUUAAAAUAAGAAUAAGAUUAUUUAACUAAAAAAGAUUUUGGAAAAAUUCCUGAUUAUUUAAUCAAAAACAAGGAAAAUUUAGAAAAUGAAUAUAAAAUGAUAUAAAAUCUUCAUUUAUCAGAAGCUGAAGAAGUUGAAAAACAAAAAUAUAUGAUGAGUGUAGCAGAAGUAAAGUAAUUAAGAGAUGGAUUAAAAGCAAAAUGGGAAUCUGUUAAUAAUAAAUAUCAAACAAUAACUCAUAUUAAUAAAAUAGAUACUAUUGGCUUAAAAAGAAAGAAAGAAGAAAGUGAAAAAGAAUUAACAUAAUUAGAAAAAGAUAUAGCAAAACUAAAUAAAUAGUAUGUAUUUGUAGAUACAAACAUUUGA